GACGGCUGUUGCCUGUCUUGGAACAGACGGAUUUACUGUAUCAGUAUCCGUAUUAACUUGCACUCUUUGUGCUGCCGGUGAGGCCCUGCUGUUACAGGUUUGGAACAGGCUCAUCCGCCUGCUCAACACUGGCAGAAGGAGUGUCUGUCUCUAAGAGACUAGAAACCUCUCUAAUCUCAUUCCAGUAGUUUCCAAGUCCCACUCUCCAGCAAAGCUCUGUCAAAAAAGGAGGCUGUUGCUUGUCCCUGUUCUGUUACACGUGGAUGACAGACUAAAGGUGUCCAGAAGUGGCCCUCGAAGUCUUGGAUUUUUUACUUGAGAUUUGUUUUGUGAUGGAGACGAUGUUGAAGUCUCACCGUGAUGAACAGCACCCUCAUCAGGCUGAAGACUUCCACAGGAAGCUUGAGCAGAACAGCAAGCUUUCAGGAAUAAAAAAAGAUAUUGAAAAACUUUAUGAAGCGGUGCCACAGCUUGUAAAUGUGUUCAAAAUUAAGGAAAAAAUUGGAGAAGGUACUUUUAGUUCUGUUUACUUGGCUACAGCACAACUACAAACUGGAUUAGAGGAAAAAAUGGCUCUGAAACACUUGAUUCCAACCAGCCACCCUCUGCGAAUUGCUGCUGAACUUCAGUGCCUCACAGUAGCAGGGGGACAAGAUAAUGUUAUGGGAGUUAAAUAUUGCUUUAGGAAAAAUGAUCAUGUGGUUAUUGUUAUGCCAUACCUGGAACAUGAAUCCUUCUUGGACAUUCUGAAUUCUCUUUCCUUCGAAGAAGUGAGGGAAUACAUGUUUAAUCUGUUCAAAGCGUUGAGGCGCAUUCAUCACUUUGGUAUUGUUCACCGUGAUGUCAAGCCCAGUAACUUCCUCUACAACAGGCAGCUAAAAAAAUAUGCCUUGGUAGAUUUUGGCUUGGCACAAGGAACCCCUGAUACGAAAAUUGAACUUCUGAAAACUGCCCACUCUGAAGACCAGCAGGAAAGUUGCUCGCAAAAUAAUCCCAUUGUAGCCUUGGGAAAUGGGGUUUCUGUCAGUGACACAGCACCUAAACAGAUAGCUCAACAGUCAGCCUCAAAAGCAGUUGAUAGAAAGUCCACCUCACUUUCAAAAGCACAGAUUAAACAAGGAAGAGGAGGAAAGGAGGACUCUGUGCACCAUUCUGUCCAGCGCUCUGUCUUUGGAGAGAGGAAUUUCAAUGUCUACAGUUCCACAUACCAGGAGAACUCAAGUACAAAAGUAAAACUCAUAAAACAAGCAAGGGUGAUAGAUGUUUCAUCUAGGAAGUUAGUAACAAAGAAGAAGAUUAUUUUUACCAAAACUGUGAGCAAUGGGGCAGCCAGGAAAGCUGCUGGUCCCUUAAACCUGCCCUGUGACUGUUAUGCAACGGACAGAGUUUGCAGUGUUUGCCUUUCAAGGCCUCAACAAGUUGCUCCCAGGGCAGGAACACCUGGAUUCAGAGCACCAGAAGUGUUAACAAAGUGCCCCACUCAGACCACAGCAAUUGACAUGUGGUCUGCAGGAAUCAUAUUCCUUUCUCUGCUCAGUGGACGGUAUCCAUUUUUUAAAGCAAGUGAUGAUUUAACUGCUUUGGCACAAAUCAUGACAGUCCGUGGAUCCAGAGAAACCAUUCAGGCUGCUAGAACUUUUGGUAAAUCAGUUGUGUGUACCCAGGUUGUCCCAACUCAAAACCUGCGAACCCUCUGUGAAAAGCUGAGAGGAACAAACAGUGGCUGUAGGAGAUCUCAGGGAGAAGUGCCCAAGGGGUCUGAAAACGACUCAGCUUUGCCAUUUGCAGCAGACAAACCGUGUGCUCCUGAGGCACUUGGGAAACAAAUUCAACAACAAAAAAGCUUUCAGGAAGAUGAUGGUGCUUUGGAAAUUAAGGCAACUGACAUGAAAGGAUGGGAUCAGGUUCCUGAUGAAGCAUAUGACUUACUUGAUAAGCUACUAGACUUAAACCCUGCAACAAGAGUAACUGCAAAGGAGGCUUUGUUGCAUCCUUUUUUUAAAGACAUAAGACUCUGAGAAGAUCCCGUAUUCUGUUAUUCCUUUCAUGUGUUUUAUGUGGAAAUGAGAUACUGAGGCAGUUUUACCUUGUUGCCCUCAACAUUUACACUCACUGAAAUAACAUCACACUGUGCUCUGAACUACUGAAAUUUUGUCUUGUACAGUUAGACUGCAAAUGUCAGUUUAAGAAAUAUGUGCAGAUGUAAAAGUUACAUAAACAUCACUAACAUGGUCUUAUCCUAAGACACUUAUGAGGGGUUAUUGCUGUGUGUACCUGUUCUCUGAAAAAGUUACCUUUGAUCAAAAACAACAAAGAAAAAGGGUUUCAUAAGCUCUAUGCUUAAUUCUCAAGAUAUUCCCUUAAAAUUUACAAAUUUGCCUUAAGGUAUGACUGAAAUAAGAAAGUGCUUGAGAGACUUUUUUCCAUACUUGCAUAUUUCUGCUUUGUUCCUGUUUAGUACAUGGGGGACUGAAAAUGGAACAAAGUGUGUAUUACUUUGGAAGUGUUGCUAGAGGAGAGGCCAGGUGCUGGAGGUUAUAUCAUCAAAAGAAAAGCAUAACUUUUAAAACUACAUUUUUUUUGUGUCUGGCCUUUCCUACUUAGGCAGUAAUAAUAAAUGCAUAGUACUCAUUUUGCAUAGCCCGUAUUCCUUAGUGCCACGGGUAACUGUCAGUAUUCAGUAGGUGCUGCCUUCAGAAUGUCUCGUGUGACGGGCAUAGGUUUGAUUUCUGUUAUGGAAACUGAUUUUUAAAAAAAUAUCUGUUCAAUAAAUGAUUUGGUUUUAUAACUUCAGAAGCUUGUCCAGAGAUGCUGUACAAAAAUUAGCCAGGUAAGGUUUUCUGCUAUGCUUCUGUUUGGGGAAGAUCAUGCACACUGGUUUCCUGCAUGAAUUCCUCAGUCUAGAAGACACUUUUCAGAUAGCUCUACUGUGUAUGACUGUUAUAGUGGAAGUAUCUUAAUUAUCAAGGAAGUCUUACCACAGACUUAGGAGCCUAUUGUCUGGUCCUAAGUAGGAAAAUCCACCAUAAUAACCCUGUACAUUCCAUGUGUGAAGUAAGCUACAUUAUGUUCAGCAGACGUUUUUCUAAACCCCUUGAUAAUUCUGGGGACUGAAAUGUAAUACAGUGUUUUUCCAUGUACAUUUCUUGAAAUGCUAAUGGAGUUGUUGCUAUAGGAGGUUACAAGCCAUUCUGAGAAAAGAUUGCUGCUUUGGUACCUGUUGCAUAAGUGGUAUGAACUGGUGGUUACAACAGUGCAAAGGUCCUGACCAGGGCUGGGGCUGAAGAGACACUAUUUCAAUAUAUUCAAAAUCUUGAGCACAUAGAAAGUGAUGGUAAUAUUGCUCCGUUCCUGGCAUCAGCUGUUAAGGAAAAAUAUUUGCAGAUGUCAGAAUAUUGAUUGCAGAAAAUCUUGAAACCCAUAAGACCCUGGGGCCCAGGUCUUAGUAAUCUUUGCUGUUUAUAUAAUUUCAACACAGCACGUCACUGAGAAAUUAUUUAUCUAAAGGAACUGUGGCCAAAUUUGGCAAGCAGUGCUGUCUGCCAGUGUCUGCAGAUGUAUUGUUUCCUCCUACGUUCACUCGUGCUGUCUAUGGUCUUAUGAGAGCACUAGCUGACAGCAAGCGAAAAUAUGUCAACUAUCUGUUGUGAACUUUCUAAGCAACUCCAGCUCUUUAGGCUUUCCUGCUAACAGCCUUAAGCAGCUCCUUGCAACAGGCACUACAACAAUUAACCACUGCAUAAAUUUAAUAGCCAAAAAGGCAAAAGCAUUACUAAUGAUAUUUUUACCAAAACAUUAAGGGUAAAUAAAAUUUGUAAGGAACGGUUCUAAGCUCAGUGUAUUCCAUAAUGAGCUGGAAGAACACAUUGGUAUUACUUCUUCCAGAUAGCUAUUUAGAACAUGGAGAAUUUUUUUUCCAGGGGAGGGAUAAAGGAAAAGUGUGUUUGAACAAGCAUAUGCUUAUGAAGUACUUUUUCUAGCACUUUACAAAAGAAGAAAGCCAGAAGUAAAAUGUUAAAUACAAUGGGCUCUCACCAGAGGAAAAAAGAAAAAGAGGAAAAAAUGAAGGAAAAGAGCAAGAAAACACUAAAACACUGGAGCAGUAGUUGCCACUGAGUUUUCUGCUUCUCUCACCUGUAGUUCUGAGAAUCUCAUAAUCUUGUAGGUAAAAGUCAAGUACUUAAGAUUCCUUUAAAGUUCAGUUGCAUGAUUUGAGAUGUUUCUAAACUGAAUGUGAAUCUCCUACCAGGAGAGCUACAAUUAGAAAAAGAUCUGCACAGAAAUUACGUUGCUACAGUAAAUGUACAGGAGUUGUGAGGCCACAGCUGGGUUACUGUUGAGUUUUGGACACCAUGCUAUGACAAGGAUAUUAACAAAUUGGACAGAAACCAAAAACGGCAGCAAAAAUCAGCAUGGACUUGGAAAGAUGAGGAGAAACUGAUACCUAGAAUCCUGAGAACAGAGUGCUGGGAGCAAAUAUAAAUACAUCUGUGUAUUUAGCAGAGGGGAAGCUAGCUUAUUCUCAACACUAAGCUAGAUUCGGUGAGGAAAUUGAGGCAUUUGUGAGUUUGUUAUUUUCAUCCUAGUUGAAAAGGAUAGUAAAUACAUAUUUAGAACAAGAGCAUAAUAGAACAACAGCAUUUUAAAGGAAAUUAAUACUUAGUGGCUUAAUGAAUUCCUAUUCUAUAAUGAAACAAUGCAGCUCAAGUGUACACUUUAGCAAGGACAGUUCUCUGAGACAUUACUCAACAAUGUUCCUACUGCACUAUAGUUGUAAAUGGCUUUUUGGUUGGGUUGGGGUUUUUUUAUGUUUGUUUUUUUAGAGCACAUAGUAAAUUAUUCUACUAAGGUAGCCACAGCAUGUUCACUUCAAAUUUCUCUUAUAUGUUUUCCAGAAAACAGAACAUGUCCCAGGCCAGUGACAGUACAUAUAUGGUUCAUACCCUUCUCUGCUGCUGUGUUGCUUGCUGGCCAGUUCAAGGGGUAGUAAAUAUUUAAAUUGGCAGCCUGCACACAGUGGGUGGAAAUUGGAUAGUCCCUUUGAUCAUACGCUUACAAAGGCCAGCAUAUAGAGUUUUGUUACCCCGGUAACCAAAAAUUUCUAGUACUGCUGAAGUGAGGGUCCAGUAAAUCGGAUAUUUUGCAUCAGGAAGGUACAGCAUAACCCAGAUAACCAAGGGUUUUUAAAUUUGCCUCUUAUAUGGUUAAAUCUGCCUCUCCCUGACUCAACCCUUUUUACUUUCAUGUCCAUUGACUCUGCAAGAAUAUUAUCCCUAUACAAUGCUUUAUUGUAUCAUGUUAAAAACUAACCACUAUAAGCAUU